UUUAAUCACAUUUCGAUAUCAACAAUUUUAGCCAUUCAAUUCACCUGAAAAUCUUAUAAGAAAUGGAAAGUUUUCUCGAAGAUCAUCGACUUUUGCAUGAAGAACGUGAAAGAAUCGAAAAUGCAAUGGUCCGAGAAUUGAUUGUCAAAAAGACCACUCAUCGUGAGCAUAUUAAUUCCGAUCAUCAUGUCAAGUAUUUACUUGAUAAAUAUAUUAAUGUUACCAAACGUAUCAUUACAAUGUAUGAUGAUAAAACUGGUACAAUUAAAUCAGAAAUUGCAGCUAUGCAAACAAAUGAAUUUAACGAAUUUUAUUUACGAUUAAAGAAUGUUAAAGAUUUUUACCGAAACCAUCAGAAUGAAAUAGCCAUACCUAUCGGGGCCGAAUAUGAGAAAUUUGUUCAAGAUCGCGAAUCAGAUAUCAAUUUAGUCGAUUUUACCGACGAAGAAGGAUAUGGCAAAUUUUUAGAUUUAAAUGAAAAUUUUAACCGAUACAUAAAUUUGAAAGGGAUCGUUGGAACAAAUUUUUCAAAGAUUGAUUAUUUAACUUAUUUGAAUACGUUUGAUCGGUUCUACGAUAUCCCAAAGGAAAAAAAAUUUCAUUCCGGAUAUGAAAAGUAUCUUGAAUCGUUGAAUGAAUAUUUAGAACAUUAUAUUGAUCGUGUCAAACCUUUACUUCCAACCAAAGACAUUGUUGAAAAACUUAAAGAAGAUUUCGAACGUAUGUGGGCUAAUCAUCAGGUUCCUGGCUGGCCAAAAGAAACAAGUGGAGUGUUGUCAAAUACUGGAGCGCCAUUGGAUCUGCAAGCAUUUAAUUCAUGGGAAGAAUUGGCUUCCCUCGGUUUAGAUCGUCUCAAGUCUGCUUUGAUUGCAUUGGAUCUUAAAUGUGGUGGCACAUUAGAAGAGCGAGCAAAAAGAUUGUGGCAAAUUCGAGACAAAUCACCGGAUGAAAUAGAUCCAAAAUUAUUUGCAAAGCGUAAAGGUUUCUCUAUGGAUCCUGAAAAACAAAAAGCGAUUGCUUUCAUGGAAAUUUUAAUCUAUAAAUAUAUAGAUAUUCUAGAUGAACAGCGGCAAUCGACAAAAGAAAAUGUGCAACGAAAACAGGCUCGUACUGCUGGUGAACGUGAAGAAUCGGAUGAGGAAGUUGAUGAAAGUGAACCUGAAGAAGAAGAAGAAACUGAUGUCAUUUAUAAUCCUAAAAAUUUGCCACUAGGUUGGGACGGUAAGCCUAUACCAUAUUGGCUUUACAAACUUCAUGGUUUGAACAUCUCCUAUACAUGUGAAAUCUGUGGUAAUGCCAUUUAUAAAGGACCAAAAGCUUUUCAAAAACAUUUUGCUGAAUGGCGUCAUGCACAUGGUAUGCGCUGUUUAGGCAUACCAAAUACGGCACAUUUUGCUAAUGUAACGAAAAUUGAAGAUGCAUUAGCCCUAUGGGAGAAAUUAAAAAAUGAAAAACAUAAAGAAAAAUUUCAACCGGCCAAUGAAGAAGAAUAUGAAGAUAGCCAAGGAAAUGUAGUUAAUAAAAAAACCUAUGAAGAUCUUAAACGACAAGGAUUACUUUGAAACAAUUAGCAUUAAAAAUAAUAAGCUAAUUGGUAUUAUAUUUAAUUUAAUAUUAAAAUUAUCAAAUUCACAUUUUAA